CUGUUCCAUGUCGUUUCUUGUUAUUUGUCAUGAUCUUGUAGUAAGGCCUGAGUCUAUUUUUUAUUGUUGAUGCUGUUUGAUAUAAAUAUCUGCUCUUGUACCCACUGUCUUUUAAAAAGAGAAUAUGCAAACACACUUUCUCAUGUUAAUUGACCUAUUUCAUAAACUUUAGCUACCAUUUAAACACCAAUUUGAAUCAGCACGAUUAACGACCAAUUGUUAAACUCGCCUUGAUAAAUCCGCUACUAAACAUCUAACACCGAUUUCACAGUACACCAAGGGACCUCAAGUUCAAGCUCUUCUUCUACCUCUUCUGUUUUUCACUCAUUUGUUCUUUAAAUAACCAAGUAACCCUAUAGGCAAUGUGCCACCGCCAUAUCAUCCCUGACAAUAAGGCCAAGGUCGUCGCUGUCUCUGCUGUUCUACGUCUGUGCCGCGAAGACUACUUCUGCACAAUCUGUGGAUAUAACGCUUUGUCGCCGCUUCAUCUUGAAAUUCACAUCGGCGAGGUUCAUGGUGAGGCCUUGUGGCCGCGGCUGAUAGACACGCUCUUUUUGAUUCUGGACAAGAGUGCCGUGAAUCACCUGGCAGUAUAUCUGCUUAAUACCGCGUCGCACAAGAUCGUGAGUAAAGUCAUUAAAACCGGGUCGCUCUUGCAGCCCGACGGCUUUUGCUUCGACUUUACCAGCAGCCCCCUGGCAAGAAAACAACUGAGCAAGAUCAAGCAUCUCGUCAACCAGGCCUCCCUGGACUACACAAGUGCGAGUGUUUGCCAGAUGACAUUAGAUGAAGCCAAAGCGCAGGGUGCCGUUUCUGAAGUGUUGAUGGAGCUAUAUGUGGUUGCGCGCGGCAGCUAUCAAUUUGCACCACAUUGCUAUGCACUCGACGACCUUGGAAAACUCAACACGCCGACAAUUAUCCAUGUUUUUCCGAACUCUGUUAACGGUCUUGACUCUGCAAUAAACGGUGGCGACGCGCGGAUUAUCGUGGAUAAGGCGUGUCAUUUGCGUGAUACUCGACCUGACGUGGAUUCCCAGAGCGUCUCUGGCGUCCAGGCCGGCACGCUGCUUUGUGGAGUGUUGGUCAAGCAUCCAGGAAAUGGUGGUGUCCAAGAUACUUUUGCGUAA